UAACUGGGAUGGCGUCCGUGGUGUUGCGGCAAUUUCGAAGAGACUAGCAAGUUUUGAAAUUUUUGACAACGAGCGAGAUAAUGGCAGAUAAUCAGCAGAGCCGUUUCGAGAAGUCUCUCGGAUUGCUGACCACCCGCUUCGUCACCUUGCUGCAGAAAGCCAAGGAUGGCGUGCUUGAUUUGAAAGUCGCUGCGGAUCUCCUAGAGGUACGACAGAAACGACGCAUCUACGACAUCACAAACGUCCUUGAGGGUAUCGGUCUUAUAGAGAAGAAGAGCAAGAACAGCAUACAAUGGAAGGGUGCAGGACCUGGCUGUAAUACUCAAGAGGUUGGUGAGAAGCUGACAGAUCUGAAGGAGGAGAUAAGGAAAUUGGAGGAUCACGAACAGCUUCUGGACACUCAUACUCAGUGGAUCCAGCAGAGUAUAAAAAAUAUAGAAAAUGAUAUGAUAAAUAGGAAAUAUGCAUACAUUACUUAUGAGGAUGUCAAGGAAAAUUUUCUAGAUCAAUUUGUACUAGGAAUUCAAGGUCCUCCAGACACUGAAAUAUCGGUACCAAACUUUUUGAAGACUAUCAUACAAGACAAUGCAGAGAUAAAUUACACCAUGUUCUUGAAGAGUAAUUUGGGAGAAAUUAAAGUGUACAUGGUUCAACCCGAACUAGCUGAAACUUAUGAUAACAAAGUGUUAGAAAUGAGGUUAAAAGAAGAAUCAAAAGGUACGAAACGUGGAAAUGAAGAGGACGAAAAAAAAGAGGAAGAUGUCACUGUUAAACCAAAGAGGAAAGUUGGCAGACCGCCAAAAAGUACUAUCAAACCACAGAGUCCAGUAUUAACUGACGACGAGGAUGAAGAAGAUCAAGAAUUGAUAGAAGCCAAGAUAGUUCUGCGUGAUGUGAGCACUGCAGAUAUCUUACAAACAAAUUUGGAGUUACUUGAUCAAUUUUAUUCUGAUUUUUGUGGACCAUUGGUGAGAUUAAGUCCACCCCCAGGAGAGAAAGAUUACCACUUCAAUCUUAGUGAGAACGAAGGUGUUUGUGAUUUAUUCGAUAUUACGACAUAAUGAGUUGGGUUGGUGUAAUUUUUGUUUACAAACUGGACUGUGCCAACACCAUGCAAAAUAAUGGAAAACUUGAAAAAAUUGUUAAGAAUUUGUGCAUAUAGUUUUAGAGAAGUUAAUGAAUCACGUAAUCAUUGAGAGUAUACAGUAUUUUUUUAUUAUUAAAAAUAUGAGAAACUAA